CAAAUCCACUCCAGCAGGCAUCUUCUGAUACAUUUUCUCUGUCACUUCUUCAUUUAAAAAAAACCUAAACUCCAAGGCAGCCAUGAGUCUCUCAGCGAAAGACAAGACCGUGGUCAAGAAAUUCUGGGAAAAGGUUGAAGGGAAGGCCAACGACAUUGGUGCUGAGGCUCUGGGCAGGAUGUUGAUUGCCUACCCGCAGACCAAGACCUACUUCUCCGAAUGGGGCUCGGAAAUCUGUGCCGGGUCCCCGCAAGUGAAGAAACAUGGCGGAGUCAUCAUGUCAGGCGUGACCAAAGCCGUCAAAAACAUCGACGAUAUUACCCGUGCUAUGAGCUCCCUCAGUGAGCUGCAUGCCUUCAAGCUCCGGGUCGAUCCAGCCAACUUUAAGAUCCUGGCCCACAACAUGAUGUUGGCUAUGGCCAUGUACUUCCCCGCAGACUUCACCGCAGACGUCCACGUCUCCGUUGACAAGUUCUUGCAGAAUGUGGCUUGGGCUCUGUCUGAGAAAUACCGCUAAACUCCAGCAACGUAGAAGCAACGACUGCGCACGUGUGACGUGCCACCCAAGCAGUUUCAACAACCCUGUCGAUAUAUAGGGGCUUGUUCAAUAAAAACACAACUAUAAAGAUGA